UGAAAGGCAAAGUCGACCUCGGCGGAAUUUGAACUCAGAACGUAACGGCAGACGAAAUACGGCUACGCAUUUCGCCCGGCGGGCUAACGUUUCUGCCAGCUCGCCGUAAAAUUAUAUACAUAUUGCUUAGUUUACCCGAGGGCAUCACAAUAUCCUAGAAAAUUACAUCUGGUAUGAAUAUGGAAGACGUUAAACCCUUGGUAAUUGGCUCGUUGUAAGGUAAACAUUAAUGUUUACUGAUAACAAAGAGCCAGCUUCAUCAUCGUGAUGAUUAAAUAUUUCAUUUUGUUUCCAACUUUCGUUGCAUCUUGAAUUAGUUACAAGAAUAUGGAUUCUAAUGGCUAAAUAAGGAGUGAAUAUCUUUGAUGGUAAUCCUUUUGUAGCUGACUUGCAAAUCUAAAACCACAAUCAUUUCUACAGCCGUUGCAGUCAGCUACGAGUAUUAUAGGAUUAAUUAGAAACUAUAUACAUAUUGCUUAGUUUACCCAAGAGAUUCACAAUCAUCAUCGUUUAACGUCCGCUUUCCGCGCUGGCACGGGUUGCAAGAAAAUUACAUCUGAUAUGAAUAUGGAAGACGUUAAACCCUUGGAUAUUCCCGACUCGACUGUUUUGACCAAUUUGGAUAAAGUAACGCAGAAUUAUAGUAAUGAUAAGAUUUUAGGCAGUGAAGUAUCUACUGAACAAAAUUCAUUGGACACAAAAUUUCGCUGUGAAAUUUGUGGGAAAUUAUUUGGCAAAUCCAGUAACUUAACGCAACACAAAAGGGUACACACGGGAGAAAAACCGUUUCGUUGUGAACAGUGUGGAAAAUCAUUCAGCCAGAAUAGCCAUCUUGUUAUACAUAUGCGUAUCCACAGUGGAAAUAAACCUUACCACUGUGAAAUAUGCGGAAAAUCAUUUUCCGAUAAUAGUUACUUAACAAGUCACAAGAGAAUACACUCUGGGGAAAAGCCGUUUCAGUGUGAAAUAUGCGGAAAAUAUUUUAGUCAGAAAUCGAGUCUGGUUACUCACGUACGUACUCACACUGGGGAAAAACCCUACCAUUGCAACGCCUGUGGUAAAUAUUUUUCAACUAACGGUAUCUUGGCAAGGCACCAAAAAAUCCACACUCAGGAGAAACCUUACCACUGUGAAAUUUGUGGAAAAUCCUUCUCGGUUAAUUCUAGUCUUAUAAAUCACAAACGGACACAUACUGCGGAAAAGCCGUAUCGCUGUGGAAUUUGCGGAAAAUCCUUCGUUCAGAUUUCACAUCUUGUCUGUCACAACAGGGUCCACACUGGGGAGAAACCCUAUCGUUGUGAAAUCUGUGGUAAGUUCUUCUCUGUUCGUUCGCGUCUUGCGUAUCACGAAACGACCCACACCGGGGAAAAACCUUUCCGCUGUGAAACGUGUGGGAAGCAUUUCGCAGUUAACAGCGAAUUAACGAAACACAUAAGAGUACACACGGGAGAAAAGCCUUAUCAAUGUGAAACCUGCGGAAAAUCAUUCUUUUGUAAUUCUCGGCUUGUUGAUCACAAAACGAUUCAUACAGGAGAAAGGCCGUUCCACUGCGAGAUAUGUGGGAAAACUUUUACAAAUAACAGUGCGUUAUUGACACACAAAAAAAUACACGCUGACGAGAAAGCUCAUCAUUGUGACAUAUGUGAGAAGUCGUUUGUGAAUAAAAGUGAUUUAACCAGACAUAAAAGGGUUCACACAGGAGAGAAACCCUGCCACUGUGAAAUAUGUGGAAAAUCAUUCAGUAAUAAUUCUAUUCUGGUCAUUCAUAAAAGAGAACAUACUGGGGAAAGACCCUUCCACUGUGAAAUGUGUGGGGUUUCUUUUGCCUGUAAGGCUAAGUUAAAAAGGCACAGCAAAAAACAUACAGGGGAAAAAAUCCAUUCUAAAGAGAGAAAGAAAACACCUUAUGAAUGUGACAUCUGUGGUAAAUCAUUCUCUGACAAAUGGCUUCUCACUAAUCACAAACGUAUUCACACAGGAGAGAAACCAUAUCACUGCGAUAUCUGUGGUAAAUCAUUCUCUCAAAGUAGUUACUUGAUCGUCCAUGUACGUAUUCAUACUGGAGAGAAACCAUAUCACUGUGAUAUCUGUAGUAAGUCAUUCUCUGAUAAAGGGGCUCUCACUAAUCACAAACGUAUUCACACAGGAGAGAGACCACAUCAUUGCGAUAUCUGUGGUAAAUCAUUCUCCCAAAGGAGUAACUUAAUUGUUCACAUACGUAUUCAUACAGGGGAGAAGCCGUUUCACUGUGAUAUCUGUGGUAAAUCUUUCUCCGUCGGAAGCAGCUUAACUAAACACAAACGCAUUCAUACAGGAGAGAAACCAUUCCGCUGCGAUGUCUGCGAUAAGUCUUUUUCUGGGAGUAGUGAUUUGACUCUUCAUAAACGCUUUCAUACAGGGGAUAAACCAUAUCAGUGUGAUAUCUGUGGUAAAUCCUUCUCACAAAAUACACACUUAACUGAACACAGACGUAUUCACACAGGAGAAAAGCCAUACCAAUGUGAUAUCUGUGGUAAAUCAUUCUCAGAAAGUAGUCCCUUAACUCUUCAUAAACGCAUUCACACAGGGGAGAAACCAUAUCACUGUGAUAUCUGUGGUAAAUCAUUCUCCCGAAGUAGUGAACUAUCUAGUCACAAACGUAUUCAUACAGGGGAGAAACUAUAUCUCUGUGAUAUUUGUGGUAAAUCUUUCUCUCACUCAAAUACUCUAACUACUCACAAAUAUAUUCAUUCUGGAGAGAGACCGUAUCACUGUGAUAUCUGUGGUAAAUCAUCCUCAACAUCUGGUCAAUUUGCUAUUCAUAAACGUCUCCAUACAGGAGAGAAGCCAUAUAACUGUAAUAUCUGUGGUAAAUCAUUCUCCAAGUCUGCUCAAUUCGCUAUGCACGAGUGUAUGCAUACAGAAGAAAAACCAUAUCACUUUAGCAAGAGAAGGAAAAUUAUGGAAAAUAAAUUAUGUGAGGACACAGUUGGAUUUAAAACAGAAUUUAAACCUGUUGGUUUUCCUGAUAAUAUAAAGAUAGAGAAGAGCGAGACACCUUAUCAGUGCAACAUAUGUGGUAGGUCGUACUCUGAUAAAGAUCACCUCAAUAAUCAUAAAUGUAUUCAGACGGGAGAUAGGCCAUAUCAUUGUGAUGUCUGUGGUAAAUCAUUCUGUCAGAAAGUUCAUUUAACUAUUCACGUACGGGUCCAUACAGGAGAGAAACCUUAUCACUGCGAUGUCUGUGGUAAAUCAUUCUCUGUGGGAAGUACCUUAACGAAACACAAACGCAUUCAUACAGGAGAGAAACCGUAUCACUGUGAUGUCUGUGGUAAAUCUUUCUCCGGAAGUAGCGACUUAACUCAACAUAAACACUUUCAUACGGGUGAGAAACCAUAUCGCUGUGAUGUGUGUGGCAAAUCCUUUUCAAAAAGUCCACACUUAACUGUACAUAAACGUAUUCACACAGGAGAGAAACCAUAUCAGUGUGAUAUCUGUGGUAAAUCAUUCUCUGGAAGUAGUCCCUUAGUAAUUCAUAAACGUAUUCAUACAGGAGAGAAGCCAUAUCACUGUGAUAUCUGUGAUAAAUCGUUCUCCCAAAGUACACAUUUGACUGUCCAUAGAAAUAGUCACACAGGAGAAAAACCAUAUCAGUGUGAUAUCUGUGGUAAAUCCUUCUCAAAAAAUCCAUAUUUAACUAUACAUAGACGUAUUCACACAGGAGAAAAGCCAUAUCAGUGUGAUAUCUGUGGUAAGUCAUUCCCUGGAAGUAGUGCUUUAGCUACUCAUAAACGUAUUCAUACAGGAGAGAAACCAUAUCAGUGCAAUGUUUGUGGUAAACCAUUCUCGCAAAGUGCACACCUAACUGUACAUAGACUUAUUCACACAGGAGAAAAACCAUAUCAUUGUGAUAUCUGUGGUAAAUCAUUCUCAAAAAAUAAAUAUUUAAGUACUCAUAGAUGUAUACACACGGAAGAAAACCCAUACCUGCGAAAAAUAGCCACCGAAUUUGCCUCAAAUCAUGAAUCCAAAGCUAAAAUCUACGUGUUCAAAAGUGAAAACAAACUUAACGGCCUAAUUAAUGUUUAUUUUAGUUUAAUGGUUUUUAUAAGAAUGAAAAUGCAGGACAUUAAUCGGUUGAACACUUCUAACCCGACUGUUCAGACCGAUACAGAAACAGUUACACGGACAUUCAGCGACGAAAAGCCUUUAAUUAAUGAAUCUAAAGAAAUGUUAUUAGAUAAAAGGAAUAUUCCUGAAUAUCGCUGUGAGAUUUGUAGGAAAACAUUCUCUUCAGAACAGGAAGUUUUAACGCACAGAGAAAUACACAAAACAGAGAAACUAUAUCGAUGUGAAACGUGUGAGAAAUAUUUUGCUACUAAUAGUAAUUUAACAAAUCAUAAAAAAUUACACAGUGAAGAAAGACCAUAUCAGUGUGAAGUAUGUGAGAAGUCAUUCGUCUGUAAACGUUAUUUAACAAAGCACAAACGAAUACAUUCCGCAGAAAAAAAAUUUCGUUGCGAAACGUGUGAGAAAACAUUCUUUGAAGAAUAUGAUCUUGUAGUUCACGUAAGAAUCCAUACGGGUGAAAAACGGUAUCAUUGUGAAAUAUGUGGUAAAUCUUUCUGUCAUCGUUUUACUCUUGUAGCUCAUCAAAGACUACACAGUGGAGAAAGGCCUUUUCACUGUGAUAUAUGCGGGAAAAGUUUUGUGAUCAAAUCUGAUUUAACAAACCACGUGAGGGUACAUACGGGAGAGAAACCCUACACCUGUGAUCUCUGUGGCAAAUCGUUUAAUGUUAAAAGCGUUUUAAAAUCACACAGGAGGAUUCAUAGUGGAGAGAAACCAUUCUGCUGUAAAAUGUGUGGGGAAUCGUUCAAUACGAAUUCCAGUCUUGUGGUUCACCAAAGGAGACACUCUGGCGAAAAACCCUAUCAUUGUGAAACAUGUGAUAAGUAUUUCGCUUCUCAUGGUAACUUAGCAACACACAGGCGGGUACACACAGGAGAAAGGCCCUAUCGUUGUGAAACAUGUGGGGAGUCAUUUAAGAAUAAUUGUCAUUUGAAGAGACACAAACGAAUCCAUAGUGGGGAGAAACCCUACCAUUGUGAGACGUGUGGGAAAUGUUUCUCUGAUAGUUCUAAUCUUAUAGUUCACAAAAGGAUUCAUACUGGGGAUAAUAAACGCUUCAUGUGUAAAACGUGUGGGAAUAUGUUUUCUGGGAGAACAAGUCUUGUUAUUCACCAAAAAGUACACAGUGCUAUUGCAAUUCCUGAAUUCUUUUUAAGAAUGAAAAUGCAGGACAUUAAUCGGUUGAACACUUCUAACCCGACUGUUCAGACCGAUACAGAAACAGUUACACGGACAUUCAGCGACGAAAAGCCUUUAAUUAAUGAAUCUAAAGAAAGGUUAUUAGAUAAAAGGAAUAUUCCUGAAUAUCGCUGUGAGAUUUGUAGGAAAACAUUCUCUUCAGAACAGGAAGUUUUAACGCACAGAGAAAUACACAAAACAGAGAAACUAUAUCGAUGUGAAACGUGUGAGAAAGAUUUUGCUGCUAAUCGUUAUUUAACAAAUCAUAAAAAAUUACACAGUGAAGAAAAACCAUAUCAGUGUGAAAUAUGUCAGAAAUCAUUCGUCUGUAAAAGUUAUUUAACAAAGCACAAACGAAUACAUACAGCAGAAAAAAAGUAUCGUUGUGAAACGUGUGAGAAAACAUUCUUUGAUGAAUAUGAUCUUGUAGUUCACGUACGAAUCCACACGGGAGAAAAAAACUAUCGUUGUGAAAUGUGUGGUAAAUCAUUCUCUCAACGUUCUACUCUUGUAGCUCAUCAACGAAUACACAGUGGGGAAAAGCCCUUUGACUGUGAUAUAUGUGGGAAAAGUUUUGUGAGCAGAUCUGAUUUAACAAACCACGUGAGGGUACAUACGGGAGAGAAACCCUUCACCUGUGAUCUCUGUGGCAAAUCGUUUAAUGUUAGAAGCGUUUUAAAAAAACACAGGAGGAUUCAUAGUGGAGAGAAACCAUUCUGCUGUAAAAUAUGUGGCGAAUCGUUCAAUACGAAUUCCAGUCUUGUGGUUCACCAAAGGAGACACUCUGGAGAAAAACCCUAUCAUUGUGAAACAUGUGAUAAAUAUUUCGCUUCUCAUGGUAACUUAGCAACACACAGGCGGGUACACACAGGAGAAAGGCCCUAUCGUUGUGAAACAUGUGGGGAGUCAUUUAAGAAUAAUUGUCAUUUGAAGAGACACAAACGAAUCCAUAGUGGGGAGAAACCCUACCAUUGUGAGACGUGUGGGAAAUGUUUCUCUGAUAGUUCUAAUCUUAUAGUUCACAAAAGGAUUCAUACUGGGGAUAAUAAACGCUUCAUGUGUAAAACGUGUGGGAAUAUGUUUUCUGGGAGAACAAGUCUUGUUAUUCACCAAAAAGUACACAGUGCUAUUGCAGUGCCCUAAAAGAUCUUUCAUCCUCACAAGAACUGGUUGGACACACUAUAAGGAGACUGAGUGGAGGCACAUGGCCUAGUGGUUAGAGCAGCGGACUCGGGGUUGAAGGAUCGUGGGUUCGAAUCUCAGACCGGGCAAUGUGUGUGUUUAUGAGUGAAACACCUAAGCUCUUUGCG